GAUAAAAGUCCCUCUAAUUGGUGAAAAAUUUUCUGACCAAAAUUGGGAAGAAAAGGACUGAAACUUGUUGGGCGCCAAAAAAUAUUUUUAAUAUGACAAUUUUAUCCUUUAAAAGUUGAUACAAAAAUUUAUUAUUCCCAAUAUAUCCUAAAGUUGAUUUGUAAAUGCACCGAUGUGCAAAGCUUUCUCAAUCCUAUACUUAAUACUUCCAACUAGUUGAAUUCACUUGGCUUUCUUCUGUUCUUCACUCACAAUUCAAUAACAAAAGGGAUAAAGUUCUCAACAUCUUUGGGAAAACAAAUUAAGUAGACCAAGUACCUCAAAGAACUAUAAAGUCACAUUCAGUCUCAUAGGCAGAUCAGAGAUGGCAGAAUUGUUUAAUGAGCAGGCUAAACAGUACUCGGAAAGCCGGCCAACUUACCCAGAGGAGCUGUUCCAGUUCAUUGCAUCCAAGACACCGUGCCAUGACCUCGCUUGGGAUGUAGGCACCGGCAGUGGCCAGGCUGCAAGAACUUUGGCUGGGAUAUACAAGAACGUGGUAGCCACAGACACGAGCCCAAAGCAACUGGAAUUUGCACUCAAGCUUCCCAACAUUAGAUAUCAAUGUACCCCUCCUAAGAUGUCUAUUGCUGAGCUUGAGCAAAAUGUCUCGGCAGAAUCAAGUGUUGAUUUAGUGACAAGUGCUGCAGCUAUGCACUGGUUUGAUCUUCCAACUUUCUACCAGCAAGUGAAAUGGAUACUGAAAAAGCCUGAUGGAGUAAUUGCAGCAUGGUCCUACGCUAAGGCGGAGAUCAGCGCUGCCAGUGCUAACACUCUUCUCCAAAUACUAUACGAUAAUUGUGAUCCUUACUGUGAUCCACGAGCCAGAUAUUUCGUACAUGACAGGUAUAGAACCAUUGAUUUCCCAUUUCAGCCAGUUGAUGGGCUUGAGCACACUGGACCAUUUGAAUUCAAAAUGGAACGCUUGAUGGAUUUAGAUGACUGCUUCACAUUCAUAAAGUCAUGGUCACCAUACCAAACUGCAAAAGAUGCAGGAGUUGAACUCUUGAGUGAUGAUGUAGUUCAGGACUUCACCCGUGCUUGGCAUGAAGAUGGCAAUCCCAAGAAAGUUGCUACUUUUCAUAUCAACCUAAAGGUCGGAAAAGUUGGGAACUAGAACAAGUGAAUGCUUUGCAGGUUCGUUUAGAUGAAACUUCCCAUUUCCUACUGAUUGAGUUCUGUAUCAAACAUCAGGCCACUAGCUCAUAAUUACAUUAUGCAGGUUUAAUUCGCAAUAAUUAUUGUAAGAAGAUGAAUUCAUAGCCAGUUAAGCGACCUAUAUUCUUUGUCAAACAUUACAUAUAUUAAUUUGCUGGGAAACUUAUUAGA